UGAAAAAUCCCUCUAAAUAGCGGACACCUCUGAAUAGCGGACGAAAUGUCUGCGACCAGAAGUGUCCGGUGUUUAGAGGGUUCACUAUAUAGUAUACACCUAUAUGUGUUAUAUUAUUAUACCGUCAGCUCACGUAGACAUUUAGAAGAUAAUUCGUGAAAUGUUCGCUCAAGUGUCAACUACUAAUCUACGAGUUGCUGUUAUUAAACGUAAUAUUUUCUAAUAUUAAAUUAUAGUCAUUAAUAUUAUUUGAUAAGUAUUGUUAGAUUUAGCCAUCAGAGUUUAAAUAAUGCUAUUAGCAUUAUAAAUAUUACGCGCGGUAUUUGGUAUUUCAUACACGAUUAGAUAUGAAACAUUUGCGUUUCGAUGUAUUUAUAUUACAAAAUAGUUUGCGAAACUUAAAGCUUUUGUGAAAUAAUUACUCAAAAUGAAAAAAGACGGACAUACUUCGCACCACAUAGACCACUGUUGUAGGUGAAAAGUUGGGAUGGUAGUAGAGGGGAAAUGUAAUGUAUGUCAUUACAUUUACGCAACGAUUUUUUUUUAAUAAUAUUUAUUUAAUAUUGUAAGUACCUAACUAUUUUCUCGUUUUUCCAAAUUUCGUUUAUUUUUCUAGUAAUUCAAUUAAUAAUAUUUGUUGUCACUUAAAAUAUCGAAAGAAAACUAACAUUUUCCUUUUAAAUAUAUUAGCGAUGUUAUUUAUAGGCAUUUUAUGUUUGAUAGUUUUGUACAUAAUUUUUAUUUGUUAUGUAUUUUGUGAACAAUUUAAUAUAGUUUAAAUAAAUUGUUUGAUUAACCCUUUUCAGAAAUGUCUAAAAAUUUAACACGGGGUUCAUUAUAAUUUAUACUUAGUUGUCAAAGAAAAAAAAGUGGAGUGUAAUGCAGUCAUUUUAGAUUAAGAGCAUAGCGAGGAAUCUAUUGGUUUUACUAUGAUGUGUGUGUAUUUUUUUUUCUUCCUGUGAACAACUUUUCUACCAAAAAACUUGAUCCGAAGUAUAAUAAUCCACCUUUUCUGAAAUCUUAUUUUCUCUAGCUGGUGCAUUAAGGUGGUCAUUUUUCGAUUUUCCAAUGGGUUUUCUAAUUAAUACGAAAAAACCCGACAAAAAAGUAUAGGUAAUACGGUAAAUAUUUAUGGCGCGCCGCGACUUUACCGUUUUUAUUGUUAUUGUUAUAUUAACACGAAGUUUUUUACCAUAAAUAUUACUGUGAUAGAUGUACGAUAAAAGACCAUUUUUGUUGCAUAUUUAAUCUAGUUCAUAAUUAAGUGACUCGUUUUUUGAUUUUCUAUGUAGUUUUAUUAAAAAUUAGGAAAAAGCCAGAAAAAAACAUAAUAUUAAAACUGACAAAUUUAGGACAUUUUAUUAUUAUACAUUUUUACGGCUUAUGUUUUUCACCAUAAAUAUUGCUCCAAUCAAAAAAUAUUAAGAUAUCUAUUUUUUUUUUAAUUUGUAAUCUAGUGGCUGAACAAGAAAAUCGUUUUUAGAUUUUUUUUUUUUUUUUGUAGUUUUUGUUAUAAUUGAAAAAAACCGAAUAAUAUAUGCAGAUAUAAUAAGUGCAGGAAAAUGUACAAAAAUAAUUAUUUUAUUAUUUUCAAUUUAGUUUUUUAAUGUAAUUUAUUUUAAUAUAUUCAUAGAGACUUGAAUUUUGACAGAAAACCUAUAUUUGCUUUUUAUAGACGUACUAAAAUUUUCAAAAUAAAUGAUCCAUUUUUGAGCUUUUUAUAGACAUUUUGAUUUUGAAAACCAUGUAUUUAAUAUUUAUUCGGUAGAUUCUCUGUGGUAAAAUUGAUAGACUUAACAGAAAUACUUCAAAAUUUAACAGAAAAUCAUUAAAUCUUACUUUGUGGUAAAAAAAAAGUUAAAUUUUUUUUUUAUAAUGAAAUUUUAAUAUCAAAUUUUGACGAAAGAAUUAUGUGGAACAAAUCUAAUUUUUCAAUUUAUUUUUUUUUUUGCAUAUUUAUAUUACCUAUUUAAGUAGGAUGAUGAAAUCAGAAUUAAGCGGAUUGACUAAGUUUCUAAAUUAUAACUUUUUGCAGUUCUAAUAUUAUGUGGAUAUUAUAUAUCAUGUUAAAUAACUUCGUACUGUCCAUUUUAAAGCAUAUUUGUCGUGAUUGUCUAAUGGUUAUUUUAUGACUAUUAUGAUCCUAGGAAUUCCGAGUUCAAAACAGUGUGAUAAAAAAAAUGUUCCAAUGUAUUAAGUGUGGUUAAUUUUCUGAAAAGAAAUUUUAUCUCCAUGAUAAUUUAGAGAAGUCGUUUGUUGAUUUUUCAAGCGGUUUUCAUAAUAUCCGAGAAAAACCGAUAUAAAAUGUCGGAAAAAUGGAAAAUGUACGAAAUGUAGGUAUUAUCAUUGUAAAUUGGAGUUAAAUUUCCGGUGGAAAAGUUGUUCACAGAAGGAAAAAAAAAAUUAAACGUCAUUAUCAAAUCGAUAACAUUCCUCGCUCCACUCAGAAUCUAAAAACUUAAUUUAACGCCUGGACCCGGUCGUAAUGCGUAUUAACUUUCCUAUACGCGUAGAAUAUCAAGUUUCUUGUCUCAGAUUAAAUGCACGAUGCGACGUCUUAAAGAUCUUAAAUAUCUAUAUAUCAUUUUUUCAUAUACCUACUUUAUUAUAAAUCAUAAUAUUAUUCUGUCUGUAACUAUAUACUUGGGGGCCAAAGACGACGGCCGUGCAGGCAGUCCAAACACACGUGCCACACAAUUAAUAGGCCUGUCUAUCCUGUUACUUGUACUGUCCUAUACAUAUUAAUAUUUUUAUUUUAUAAUUAAAAAAAAAAAAAAAACUAAAGAAAUAAUAAAGAAAAAAAAAUUUCCACUGGUCCUAUACGCGGGAUGCGGAGAGACUUAUCGCCAAUGACAGUUGUCUAUAGUACCCACACACUAAUAUAAUUUUAUACAUGUAUACGUAUAUAAUAAUAUAAUAGUACGCAUGUAUACGCGUUCCCGGGAAGAAGGAAGAAGAAAAAAAAAAAAAUUAAAAUUAAAACAGCUCCGCGCACGCACAUCACGGCACUGUGUAGGCCUAUAUAAGUCGAUUGAUGGUACCGCAUUUAUUUUACUUCCACAAGCCAACUCCAGACGAACGCAUAUCUGAGAGAACCACGCACGGCACUCCGUCCAUCUCUGAGCAUUGCAUAGAGAACCACCCGCGCCACUCGCCGAUCUUUUAAAGUUUGAACAUUAAACAUUACAGGUACGUAUGUCGUGUAGGUGUUCGGAACGCAAUUGUUUUUUUUUGUUUUUGAAAUACUAAAAAAUAACAUUUUUCAGAAACAACGGACAUUAUGACAACAUAUAGGUUUUGUUGACAUUUUCUGACGAAAUAAAUUUCGUAAUACGGUUUUUUUUUUUUUUUUUUUAAGACAAAUAGUUGUAUUCGGAUACUUACUCCCUAAUCGAAAAUAAUACUCGGCAAAUAUUAUUAUUAUUUGAUUUUUUUAACUGUGUUAUUCAAGACGCGUUGUAGUUUUUUUGUAUUAAUUAAUACAAUAACGUAUUUAGUUUUUAUUUUUUUUUUUUUUUUUAUAAACACGUAGAAAAAAAACACUUUCCUGCGGUUUAGCGUUUUUGAGGUUUAUUUUAAUUUUAUUUCAACACGCUAAAUAAUAUUUUCAUUUUAUUGAAUUUUCAACACAGUUUAUAAUUUAAAUGAAACUUUGUAACCUAUUAAAACCAAUCAUUUUUAAUUCAAAUUUUUGUUUUUUAUUUUAGCUAGCAAAAAUGCCAAAAUACGCAGUAACUCCAAAAAGCCGUGUUAACGAGGGCGCCGAGUAAGUAUAAUAAUUUAGUGUUUAAAAAGAUAGGUAGUCAAUUCUUGUAGUACCUAUAAGUAUAUAGGCUAAUAAUAGUUUGGGUAGCAAUGUUAACACUGCAGAUCCGUCACAGCUGCCGGUUAACCAAAAAAUAUUAUUAAUAACAUUAUGUCGGUAGAGCUAAAUAAAUUUUUGAGAAUUCGAAUUGAAUGUCUUUUUUUUUGAGUCCUUUAGGUCUACGGAUGUAAUAAUACAGAACGUAUAACAAUAUAAUUGUCGUGAAAAUGUAUUUAAUAUGUUUUAUACAUUUAAUUAUUAAAACCUAUAAAUGUAGGUACCCACCUAUACGUUGUACAAAUAACAUACAUUUUAAUUUUUUGAAGUUUCAUAUAAAAUUUUAAUCCGCAUAGGUCUAGGGUACACCCGAUAAAUUCUUGGCAACAUAAUUUUAGGAUUGAUGAUAUGCAAUUUAUAAUCAAAUAUUUAUAUUAUUAUAAUGAUAAUAAUACUCGAGUACCUAUGGGGACUAGAAAAAAAAAAUAUAUACAAUUUGUAUUAUUUUUUUAAUUUUUACCAUCCAAAUUCAAAGAAUUACUAAUUUAUACAAUAAUAAUAUAGUGAAAGAAUAAAAAUUAUUUUAUAAUUUAGAGUAAAUAUUUAAGUAUUUGGCUGUUAUUUUAGGUAUAAGGGGUAUACGGUAUCUUACGAUAGAUCGAUUACCCUAUACUCUCCUCUAACCCAAACUUAAAAGUGGAAUAUCUCGUAAACAGUUUGACAGAAAUCAAACAUUUCAGUACUAAAAUUUAUUUUAACUAAUAAUCCAUCUAUUUAUGAAAUUUUUAAUAUAGGUUGCCAUUUAAAAAUUAAAAGUUGGUAGUGGUUUUACCCACAAAAGUAAGGGUGACAAGAAAUAACAUAAAUAUAAAAAUGUAGAGUUUCUUGUUUUUUAAAGUUGUGUAGAAAACUUUUAAAACCUCUAGAGUGUUUUUUUGAUAGCAAUGAUUAAUGUGUGAUGAUUGCAAUGAUUGCGUAUAGAUUUGCAUUAAAUUUCCCCUCUACCAUCUUCCUAAAUUUUCACCUACAAUAGUAGUCCACCCAUCGUGCAAAGUAUGUCCGUUUAUUUUUUAAACUUGAAAAGCAUGAGUUUUAAUAUAUUUGUCAUAGGAGCAAAAUUUAAUCUUUAUACUGAUACAUCUACUUAUUUCUGGUGAUUUAAACUUAACCUAAUCAAUUAAAAAAAUUAAAAAAUAUAAUUCUCGUUCUGAUAAAUUUAAUAAUUACAUUAAUUUCUUUGGCUUUUUAACAACAAGAACAUAAAAAAAAAACAUUCAAAAUAUACUUUAGGUAUAUUUCUAUUACAAAUUUUACAAUAUUAUAGAUAUUUACCUAUGUGAAUCUAAAAUUGUCGCAAACGUUAAUAAUAAAAUUAUAGGUUGACUUAUCACAAAUUAUAUUUUAUAAUUUAAAAAAUAUAAUAAAUUUUGUAUAUCAACAUUUUUAUAAAAAGUUGAAAACAAUUUUUUAUUAUGUUGUAGUUAUUUAAUAUAUUAUUAUGAAAGUUGUACAAAUUUAGGUAUGUGCUUAUUUCUUACUAUAGGUAUUCGCCAAAAUAAUGAUAUCAAACAUCAGCAAUUACAAAUGCUUCUAGUAGGUUUCGAACUCAAAAAGUCAAAAUAAUGUAGAAUUUUAAUAUAAGUGUGUCAACAGGGAUAGGUUAAAGGUCGUUUCUAACUUUUUCUACAAUUAAAUCCGUAUAAGAGACGAUACUCUCUAAGCUGAAUAUGUGAAGCUCAUGUGGUGAUGACUGAUACUAUAUAUAUGAUAUACUAUAUGAUAUAUUAUAUAUAUAUAUAUAUGUGUGUGUGAUAUCUACAUUUAUCAAAUGUGAUUUAAAGUACUCACUAAUUUAUGCAUUUGAUUAACAAAUAUUGAACGAAUUUGAUUAUAAUUUUGUUAUUUGUUUUUCUUAAAUAUAGUUUAGGUAGCGUCGAAUUGGGCGUCUGCAAUAAUUCUACAUCCAAAAAUGACCUGGUGGAUUAUACCUAUGAUCCUUAUGCUUCCCGAACUGUUCGGCUACCAACGUCGUAAGUAUACCUAAACGAAAAUUACCGAAUCAUUAACAUUGCAUAAAAUUAACGAUUUUAUUGUCUGUUUAGGUUUUCAGAAACGUUAAUACACUUGUUAAAGGCCAGUCUCGGUACUGGAAUAUUAUCAAUGCCUGUCGCAUUUAAAAAUUCCGGCUAUGUAAUCGGUAUCUUGGGAACCAUUGUAAUUGGAAUUUUAUCCACGUAUAUGAUUCAUUUGUUGGUAUGCGAAAAAUGUAGCAAGAAUAAUUGACUUACACAAUACUGCAGUAGAAUUGUUUAAAAUAUUAUACGUUUGUUUUUUAGAUACAAUCGUCUUACGAACUCUGUGUUAAAAAAAGAGUACCCAGUCUUACGUAUUCUGAGACAGUGGCAGCAGCUUUUGAAGAAGGGCCAUUAUGUACUAGGUGGAUGGCUUCGUAUGCCAGGUAUAGGUAUACCAGCUAUAGCUAGCUGGUCGUCACAUCUAUCACGAUUAAUUUAAAUUUUCGCAUAUUAUAAUACGAAUUACUUUUAAAAUCAUGUUCUAGAACCUUGACUGACUGGUUCCUCGUUGUAUAUCAAGUGGGGUCAAGUAUAAUUUACAUCAUCUUCAUUGGACAGAACUUGCAAAUGGUAAUCGAGCAGUAAUAUAAUUUUUUAUAAAACUAAUAAGCUUUUUAUUGGAAUAAAAAUCCCUAGACAGCAAAUCUUCAGUUUGAAUAUUUUAUUAAUUUUUAUUCCCACCGUUGAUUUUCCGAGUCGCCUAAAACAGGCUAUCAAUUUACAUUUUUAAUGAAAAUUUUGAAUUAUCUAAGCACCCAAAUAUUAUUUUUUUCGACUUCACAUGUUUUGUAAUGUCUCCAUUUUAGUAUAACUAUAGAAAAUAUGAAAUAUUUUUUUCAUUAACAAUUAGAAGUGGGGUUCAAAAGAAAAAAAAAUAUAUUUAAGUAUCUCAGUGUUCCUAAAUAAUUUCCGAAUUAAUCUAUACAGAUGAUUGUUAGGUUAUGUACCGCCGAUUUCUAACGAUAAUAAUAAUGUUUCAGGUGAUCAAUGCUUACUUUGAAGUGAAUAUUGAAGAAAAAUGGUACCAGCUGUUUUUGUUUAUCCCAAUGGUUUUAAUUUCUUUAAUAAGAAGUUUAAAACAUCUAGCUCCGUUUUCUUCAAUUGCCACAGCAUUCUCAUUGAUCAGUUUUAUUUGUGUGUUCUAUUAUAUUUUCCGGGAGCCGAUGUCGAUGGAAAACCGCGUAGCCGUCGGCUCCGGGAAGACUAUGCCAUUAUUUUUCGGAACAGUUUUAUUCGCAAUGGAAGCAGUAGGUGUUGUAAGUAUUAACUGUAUUAAACCUCAGUAUUACAUUACGUUUCAAGAUUAAAUUUUGUCUGUAAUCGUAAUAAUUACGUAUUUUUAUAACAUACAUAUUCAGACUUUGCUCUGAAUAGUAAUGGUUUACUGUUGUGCAUGGCUAUAAAUUAAAUUUAUGUAUAUCAACUUCCCACCUAUAACAGCCGCACUUCAGUCCAUAGUAUUAUUUGCUUAUUUUUUUUAACCUUCCCAUAAUUUACACAUUACAUAUCUACGACUUUCAUUAAUUUCAAAAAAAUUGUGAAGCUUCAAGUGUACUUAAAUCUAAGGUGUUAGGUACCAUUUUUAUGAUUUAUUUUAAUUUUAUGUACCUUCUUGUAAUAAUAUAGAACACACAUUUUCUCAAUAAUUAAUAAUUUUUCAAUAUACAAUUUAUUUAUAGUUAUCCAUAUUUCAACUUUAACUUAUUUUUAUUAUUGCGUUUAGCAAUUCAUACCCACGUUAAUAAGUAGAAUACCAGUUAUGACUACUGAUUUAUGUUGAAAAUUUGCUUUAUGUAUUAUGUCCACAAUUCAUCAUUAAAUUAUAAAUAGGUGUUCGAGAAUAUAGGGGUACCAUGGUAGUGUUCUCAUACUCUGUAAGAGAGCACAAAUUUCCAUAUUGUGAGUUUUCUAGGACGCGAGAAGUUUUUAGUCAAAACGUAUCCACCUUUUGUAAGUCGAGCAAUAAUACGAACAAUCAAUCACUACACAACAAUCGACUCCCUAACAACAACAUGGUUAACAAUCAAUUGGGAGCCACAGCACAAUAUCUAUGUAUGGCCCUAUAAGACCAUACCUAUUGCCUAUACAUUUUGGGAAUUGGAAAUUUGUUGAUUUUAUUUGAAAAUUUUAUCUUCUAUAUUCUAUAAACGCUCAAACAUAUAUUUAAUUCAACAUAUUUUUUUUAACAUCUUUUGUGUUUUAGACCAUAAUCAAUAUAAUCUAUAUGUGUUUUUAAUUUAUACUUGAAACAAAAACAUCUGCCAUAUAUAUAUAUAUAUAUUGUGUCACUAUAGGUAAUCUGGUAAACAGGUAGUCAGCUUUAUUAUUUUCAUAAAUGUUGUUAUCUCUCUAUUAUUAUUUUUAUGAAAUUCAAACAUUAUUUUAAUAUCUGUUAUAUCCAAUUACGUUGGACUCAGGUUCCAGAAUUUAAUUAUUGUUUUUGGAAUGGUUUAUUUAUUUUAUAAUUGACUAUAAUAUCAAACUAAUUUUAAUAAUGAUACCUAGUACCUAUUUUAAUAAUAGCUAGUUUAUUUUAAAAUAAUCAGUGAGUGAAACAGGACAAUUGGUUGACACCCAUAAUUUUACAUCUUCAGAUCUUCAUAUGUAUAAACAUAAAAAAAAAAAAUAAUUUUGAUAAUAACUUAUUCAAUUUUAUAGAUACUGCCAUUAGAAAACGAAAUGGCACACCCUAGACGUUUUACCAGUAUGUUUGGUGUUCUAAAUAUUUCAUUUGUUCCUAUAACAAUUUUAUAUUGUGUUGUGGGGUUGUUUGGAUACAUCAAAUAUGGUGAAAAUGUCAAAGAUACUAUAACGCUAUCAAUUCCAAAAAAUGAAAUGUAAGUAUAUUAAAUCAAGAUUGAAAUUAAAUAUCAACAUUUACUGGAUAAUAAUAUUAUUUUGUGUUUUAUUUUUAGGCUGUCUGGCGUCACCAAAAUUCUUUUGUCAAUUUCAAUAUACUUUGGAUAUGCUCUUUCCAAUUAUGUUGCAUUCGAUAUUUUAUGGAGUAAAAUCAAAAAUCUAAUAGUUGAUAAUAGAAUACCUAAUAUAUAUUUUGAAUAUAUGCUUAGGAUUGUAAUUGUUUGCAUAACAUGUAAGUUUAACAGUAACAAAUAAUACAAAUUUACUAGAUAAUUUUUCGAAGGAUUUGCUGCCAAAUAAUUUCAACUAGCAUUAAGUUAACUAAAAUAAACUAUUAAGAACUAGUAACGUCACAUAAAAUUGCAUAUAAUUAAUAAUGGACAAGUAAUGAAUUCUACAUUAAACAAUUUAAAAAUAAUUUAAAAGCAAUUAUGGGUAAUUUAGUAUAGGUCACUAUUUUAAUUGGUAAGUUAAAAGAAAUAGGAUAUUGGGAAUAUUGGGUUAUUUAUAGUAUAAAUACUAAAUGUGAAUAAAUCAUUAAUAAACGAAAAUGGAACCGGAUUUUAUUUUUUGUUUUUUUUUUUAUUUUUUUUAACUACAAUGGCUAAUCCUAAAUAGUUGAUAUGAAGGCGUAGGGGAAGAAGAUUAAUUUUUAACUACAUAACAAAUUUUAUAAAAAAAAAACCAAUAAAGUAAUUUCUUUACCUAUUCAAUAGGGAUAAUAGAAAUUAAAAUUAAACUAGAUACAGAACAAAGUAACAAAUGAUAUUAAAACUGUAGUUAUUACUACUCGAAAAUGUUAGUAAACAUCAGAGAAUCUACAUUCAGAAUAAAAAAAAUAAAAUUUAGUAUGUUAUAAAUUGAGACAUUCUUAUAAAAAUUUUAAUAUAUGACAUCAAUAACAUUGUGUUACCCUUAUAUUAGGUAUGUGAUACAGAUUUAUAAGUCAUUAUUUCAAUGUACAUAAGUAUUUAACUACACAUAUUAUAUCUUUAUUUUAUUUUGUUUUCAGUUUUAUUGGCAUUCACACUUCCAUAUUUGAAUAUUUUAAUUUCAUUGAUGGGUUCAUUGUGUUUGUCAGCUGUGGGCAUAGCUAUACCAGCAAUUGUUAACUAUCUUACAUUCUUCAAAAGUUAUGAGAAGGGUACCUGGAGAUAUUAUCUUUUCAUUGCCCGAAACCUUGUUAUCGUUCUCAUUGCAGUUUAUGCUCUAGUAGUAGGCGUUUACCAAAAUAUAUUGGAGAUCAUGGAAAAAGUGGCAAAUUCAAAAUGA